CUCUGGUAUCAACAACUAUUUUAACCCAAACUCUCUCUCUCUCUCUGGUGUUUUUAUUGAGGUCUAUGAGGAGAUAGAUGGGGCUCAAGUCGCUCAGCCUCCAGAUGAUCCCGUGGUGUUUCCACGUGGUGGGGGCCACGUGCCGGCCGGCGCUCGACGGCGAAGACGACGACGACGGCUACCUCCCUGACAAUCCCAAGCACUCCUCCUCGCCGGCGGGCCCCGUCCGGGUCAUCGGCUCUGAUGGCCGGGUCCGCAUCUACGACCGGCCGGUGGGCGCCGCCGAGGUGAUGAAGGACAACCCCCGUCACCUCGUCUGCCGCUCCGACUCCUUCUUCAUCGGUCAGCGCGUCCCCCCUCUCGCCGCCGGCGACCAGCUCCAGCCCGGCCACAGCUAUUUCCUCCUCCCCUCCCACUUCUUCCACUCCGUUCUCUCUUUCGUCACCCUCGCUGCCUCCUUUGCCGACAGUACCAAGAAGCCGCCGCUCCUUCGGCCGUUCGACAUCCACAAGACGCCGGCCGGUGCUCUUCAGAUAAGAGUUUCGGAUGAGUUCUUGGAUCGGCUGAGGAUGGAGGAGGAGGAGAUGGAGGAGAUGGAGAGGAGGGGGAGGAGGGUCUGCACCACGGAGGCGCUGGAGAAGGAUUACAGGCAGCUGGUGAGGAGUAGGUCAUGGAAGCCGAAGCUGGAAACGAUAAGGGAGUCGGAGAGGAAGAGGAGGAGCAGGGGUUUAACUUUUGGUGGGAUCCGGAGGAGGAAGAAGAGAAACCACAAAGCCUCCCACAGCGAAGAGGAGAAAAAUCAGCUAGCUGGCUUGUAAAAAUAUAAACAGAAAAUGUGGUGCCUUGCCUUUGAAUUAAUUUUAGCUGCUAGGCUUUCUUCCUUUUCUCUUUCCCCCAUGUUUAACAUAAAUCCGACAGAUUUCAGUUUGAUUAGAUUGUAAGUUCCGGAUGUAGCUAACUGAUGAUAACUCACAGUGAUAUAUAUGUGAAAAGAUGGCUCAUUGAGCCUUUCUCCCUUUAUUGUUCCAA